AUGACGCGUCGCCGAAACGCGACGAGAACCCAUCGGACUCCGUCUGUGGCGCCUUCGCGUCGCGCGCCCGCCUGGUUGUCAGGGCGAAGGAGAAGACGGAGGCCUCGGCGCCCGGAGGGAGGAAGCGGCGGCCUAGAGCAGGAUGCCGGGGCCUGGGGGGAACUCCCCAAAUGAACAAAGUUGCUUUUCUUCCUGGACAUUGACCUAAAGCACUUUAUCAUGGGCCAACAGCUUUCAAGCCAGACACACACUGUUAUUAAUAAACUGCCAGAAAAAUUUGUCAAACAUGUCUCUUUGGUUCGAGAAAGUGGCUUUUUGACAUAUGAAGAGUUUUUGGGGCGAGUAGCUGAACUUAAUGACAUAACUGCGAAGUUAGGUGCUGGCCAGGACAUGCAUCUGCUAUUUGAAGUUCAGCCAGGUUCAGAUUCUUCUGCACUCUGGAAGGUAGCUGUUCGGGUCGUAUGUACUAAGAUAAAUAAGACAAGUGGCAUUGUUGAAGCAUCAAGAAUCAUGAACUUGUAUCAGUUCAUUCAACUUUAUAAUGAUAUCACAAGUCAAGCAGCAGGCAUCCUUUCAGAGAAUGUUGCCUCAGAAGGAGCUGCAGAGGAUCCAGCUUCGGUAGCAUCUUGUCAAGCCAGCAUUUGGAUGGGAAGAGUGAAACAGCUGACUGAUGAGGAAGAAUGUUGUAUCUGUAUGGAUGGACGUGCUGAUCUGAUCUUGCCUUGUGCCCACAGCUUUUGUCAGAAAUGCAUUGAUAAAUGGAGCGGUCGUCAUAGAAAUUGCCCUAUAUGCCGUCUGCAAGUGACUGCAGCAAAUGAGUCUUGGGUUGUGUCUGAUGCUCCCACAGAAGAAGAUAUUGCUACAUACAUACUUAACAUGGUGGAUGAGGCAGGCCAGCCUCACAGACCCUGACACAACAAUGUUUGUACUCUUGAAUCUUUCAAGAUUUAAUUUUUCAUAGUUCCUCUUUGUUUGGUUUACUCCAUAUAUCGGUUUCUAUAAGCUAUGUGAAGAGUCUUUAAAAUUGGCCAGUCAUUGUGAACCAGUCCCAAGCUCAUAAUUUUCCAGUUUGUUUCAUUAAUUUCUCUGUUGGUAACAUAGAGGGUACAUCAAGUUUUUUCUAACACUAUGAUGCGCUAGCAGAACAAAUAUUUAAUUUUUAGUUAGCUGUUUUGUGAUAGCUUGUUAAAAUGGCACUUACUAAUUAAAACUGUAAGAUAAAAUGAGUGAUUACAAAUAGUCUACUGCCAAGAACUGCACUUAGAAGUUACCCUUCUUUAUCCAAGACUACACACAUUUGCUUGUAUGAAUAGGAAUAGCAACAUCCCACAUUUAUCAUAUGAUAAAUUAUAGUCACUUCUAAUAUUUAUAUGUGUUUUCUCAAAUCACUAUUACUCCAGCAUGUUGGGCACAUCCAAAACAUUGUGGUAGCACACUUCUGUGAUGAAUAAUUGGCUUUUGCACUUUUCUUCAGAUGGCAAAUAUGGUAGGCAGUUUCAAGUAACUUCACUCCUUCAUAUUUAAUAAGGUCAAAGGUUUCGAUCCAGGAAAGCCCCUCUACAGCCUGAAGGGCUCUUUCAGUCAGUGGUUGACUUUUGAGUGGAUGGAGCUUUUCUUCUGGCUGGGAGCAGAGUUUCCUCCUUGGAGCCGCGGAAGAUGGGUGGACAGCUCGAGCUCCAGGAACUGUAGAAAGGGGAGAAUAGGCGAGUAUUGCCUCCCAUUCCACCAGCAGAUACGUUCUGGAAGUCAACUCAGGGAUGUGCCCAUAAAUAACUUGUGGAAUAAAGCUCUGGAUCUAACCCAUCAUUUUUUGCUUUUGCUAAGAAGUGUGCCCAUAAAUAACCAAAUGUUGUUUACACAUCAUUACACUAUUAUAAUUAAUUUUAGACUGCUUUCUCAGAGUUUGAGUUUUUAAGAAACAUCACUAAUAUAAAAUAGAAAAAGAUGGUGACAAAGCAAUGACAUGGUGCUUGAUUCCUUUUUACAAGUGCAAUAUGAUUUACUAUAACAAGAAGUAUGAUUGCAAUAGCUUUGCUUUUAAUGUCUUACAAAUCUAAUGCAAAAACCAAUACUGCUUUUUCUCAAAAAUAUUGGUGCCAGGUUUGAGGGGCUUUUGGCAUAAUGCCCUCUAGCAGCUCCUCACUGUGGACUUAGUCCAAGCCACUAUUUCCCAUUUCCUUCAAUACAGCAAAGUCAACACAUCAUUGGAAAUUGAAAAUGGCCCAGUUACUUGUUGUAGGCCAUAAUGGUGAUGCUAGACCUGAUUGAUAUAAUAUCUUUUUCACAACUGCAGAGUAACAUUAAGGAAAAGUGGUUUGAUCUUCUUUUGAAAUGGUGUAUACAUGAGGUGGUCACUCACUGACACAUUCAAGGUAGCUGAAUGUUUGUGUAUUCUAAAACUGCUGUUUGUCAUUUUCACUGUAUCUUUGUAGAUACAUGUAGCAUUAUAAAGUUAUAACUUUGGCAAAGCCUUGUUGUAAAAUAUGUACUGACACUGAACCAAUGUGCUUCAGAGUAUGACUAAUGUAGUUUGGCAGAAUCAGUCUAAGAUAAUUAAAAUGGGAUACGUUGUUUUGUCUCUUCCAUUAUAAUGUGACUCUUCCAAGAGAAGGUUUAGACAGCAAUUCUUUAUUAUUGAUUUCAGGAGACAACUUUCACUUGGAACCUUCAGUGUCAGGGUACCAUCCUGCAAUAAUUCAUUUGGGAGCACUUGUUGCUUCAAAUUGUUGGGAGUGGAUUUUGAAGCUCAUCUGCAUGAAUAUGAAGGGGGUUGGUUGUGUUGGAUUUGGCAGAUUUGUGGUAGAAGUGCCUCAUUUUUUAACAACCAACUUUUAAAAAAACAAUAAGCCCUAUUAUUCAUUCAUCUCAAUCAAAUGAUAAUCUUGGCCUGGUUCCAUAUUUUCUUAUUGCAGCAUUAUAUUUAGUCCUGAAACCUGUUUUUCAUGACAGAUUUUAGAAAAAUAGGUUAUUACCCAAAAAUACUGAUUGCCGGCUCUUAAAAGAAGUAAGCUUUUUUUUAAAAAAAAAAAGUUGUAUUGAUCGUAAAUUUAAAAUACAGGAGCACUUGCAAAUGUGGCAUCAGUAACAUCAAAGAUUGUAAAUAUGUGUAAAGUGAGUAUGUAAAACUUUGUAGUGUGUACAGCUUUUUAAAUUAAUAAAUGCACACUUUGUUGUGAGUAAUAUAAUAUGUACUUUGUGAAAGAAGAGUAGGAGUUCAGUAGCCCUCUAACCAGCAUAGAGAAUAGUAAGGAAUGCUGGGAUAUCUAUAUGGCUACAUGAUUCCCAUCUGUGACAUCAGAGUGGGUGUAUUGUAGGUCAGCCCUGGCAACUUAUCAGCACAUGCUUAUCUAGUUCUUAAUUCCUCUGUGUCACUGCACUUCUGUUGGAGAAGUGUUCCUCUGUUUUCUAGUAUUAGGAGUACUGAAGUAUUGCACACCUCUGCGUCUUCAAAAAGGAUUGAGAGCUCCUGCGGUGUGCAGAAAAGAUAUAGCCUAUCACUGGCUGCUUGUCUAUAUGCUUCUUUUUUGUUGUUGAAACACCCAAACAAGCAGCUCACAUGCUUAGCACAGUACUUCCACAGAAAACAGAAGCCCGGGGGUGAUAUAAGCCAGAGUAAGGCAUUAUUUGAAGUGGUGUGUGGUGAAGAAAACCACACAGCUUGAGUAGACAGAGACACAAUUUGUAAUUGUCAUGUACCAAUGAUAAUUUUAUUGCUGCCUGUACUGGCAUAUUUACACCAGCUACUAGGAUUAACUGUAAAAUUGAAUAACUGCUCAUUGAAGGAUAAAAUAAUUUGAUCAUGAUUACCAUCAUGGGCAUUAAGAGUUAAAUCUCUGUAAAAGUAGAAGAAAAUGCAUUUUGUGUUCUUUAGUAGGAAUGUGAAUAAUUCUUAAUGUUUUGAUAAAAUGACUGUUAAUAGAUAUAAAGCUUCCAUUGUAUUGUUAUGAAUAUUGUGCAAUAAAAACUUGAACUUCA